GCAGUCAGCUGCUGGAAGCCGGAAGCUGUUAAUACCUGAAGUAGCUCGAUGGCUACAGCGGUCGGUUGUUAAGGUGUUAUUCACACUGCUGGCGUUGUCUCUAGAAUCACUUUCACUGCGGUUAUUUGGACAUCACUACAGGCUGUGAAGAUGAAGUCUGUGUUUCUCCUCGAGGCUUUCUCUGUGGCUUGUUUUGUUCUCUUAAGUCAAGUGACAGCGAAGAAUUCUGAAGACAUCCGUUGUAAAUGCAUCUGUCCGCCGUACAGAGAUGUCGAUGGGCAAAUCUACAAACAAAAUGUCUCUCUCAAAGACUGUAACUGUCUCCAUGUAGUUGAACCCAUGCCGGUUGAUGGGAAAGAUGUGGAGGCGUAUUGUUUACGCUGCGAGUGUAAAUAUGAAGAGAGGAGCUCGGGGACCAUUAAGGCCACCAUCAUAAUGUACCUCUCCAUUUUGGGCCUGCUGCUGCUCUACAUGAUCUACCUGACUCUCCUGGAGCCCAUAUUGAAGAGACGUCUGUUUGGACAUUCGCAGCUUAUCCAAAGUGACGAUGAUGUUGGGGACCAGCAACCUUUUGCCAACGCUCACAAUGUGCUGUCCCGUUCACAAUCUCGACCCAACAUGCUGAACAAAGUGGAGCAUGCCCAGCAGCGCUGGAGGAGGCAGGUCCAGGAACAGAGGAAGUCUGUGUUCGACCGCCAUGUUGUUCUGAGUUAAACCCCGCCCUGCGAGCUACUGGUAGAGCAAAAAAACAACAACAACAACAAAAAAACACUGUGACAGAGCCCUCAAUUUAUAUUCCUUUCUCUCAUUUGUGGUUUGUAUCUCAUCAAGUGUGACACUUAUCCCAGGUGAACAUGGUGAAGAAAUCUGUAUUUGUAGAGCAGAAGUCCCUGUCAAAUGUAGAAUCAAAGCUGGGGACUCUCAUUUAGUCUGCAGGCAGCACAAGAGGCUACAGUGAAUUCAUUUUUGCACAAUCUCGAAUAAACAGUCUUAAAUAUCAAUUUUCCAAAAGCAGAAUUUACUCUCUGCCUGCCGUCUAGUUUGAAGAAGUGCCAAGUCACCAGAGAAUUUACAGUGAAGAAUUUGAUGGAAGAGACUAAUAAAUGUGAGAUAAAAAUAAAUCUUUCAAGUGAAUAUUUUAUAGCACUCUCACUAACGCUUUCUGGCCACAGCGUCAGGUGGAGUCCCAUCAGUCUUUCACAUUUACAAGCCAAACUGGCUUUCAGAGUAAAAUAACCAGAUGUUGGUUAACUGGAUACCUGCAGUAAUGGUCUGUUAACAUGUAGCUGGUGGGUAUUUUCCACCCCAAAAACUAAUAUACCCUGAAACUACUGCUCUCACCACAGGAGAAAGGAACUAGUGUACGAUAUAACUCUUUCAGCUUUCUUUGAAAAGAAGAUGCAUGUUUUAUAAUGAAUCUUUUAUAAAUGUGUUUUGAAUCCUUCAUUCCUACCAUAAUGUUUAAUGUCUGAUAACUGGUGUGAAAUCCGUCAUUUAAUUCGUCACUUUCAAUUUGAUUUUUCGGAGUAGUUUCACUAAACCUCAUUGCAGGAAUCGAUGCAAUCUCUUGGUGAUGUCCUAGCUAUGGUAGCUGUGCUAUUGAUCCUCGUCUGUUGAAGACCCUCUUGAAAUCAGUGCCCUCUUCAACUGCCUAAACAAAUCUAAUGACUAGUCUUUUAUUUUGACGCUUCUUCUAUGUGCUCGGUCUAACACCAGCUCCGUCAUGAAGGUCCUCGUUGUCUAUCAGGCAGCAUUAGUACGACGGAGUGGUGUUAUUCUGGGUGCAAAGAUGUUCAUUUUGUGUAUAGUUGGGCUGUGUACAGACCUAUGGAAGUGUUCUUAACUAUUGUAUAUGUUAUACCUAUAACUUUGAAAUAAAUUUAUGUAAUAUUUGUGAUUCUUUUGUACUUAAGUACAAUAGUUGGGUAAAUGUACUUAUUACACCACCACUGACGCCAUGACUGUGCAUAUUACCAAACAAAUUUGUAAUUAAUCAAAACUACCACAAAUUAAUAGCUUCUCUGACAACCUUUGGGGCCCCUGUAAUCCAGUCUUGGAUGCACACAUCGUUUUUAAAUAAAGCAGGUAAAAUGACUUCUGGUGCUGAUACCUCUGUAACUGAGUACAUUUCGGACCCUUUUGAUGAUUUCUGUUCACAGUUUUCUGAUCCAGAAUAAUUUGAACACUGCCAAUGGAAAAUACUCUGGAUAAUUUCCUAAAUAAAAACUUUAAAGGCA